AUGGCGACCCCGAAGCAGCUACCUUGUCAUAUUUACUUUCUCGCAGUUCUGCUCUCCACUGUGUUUGCACUUGUCAUAGCACCGUCUCUUCUCCCAGAUCGAUUGAAACUCCAAGGCGGUUUCUGGACCAGCCUGAACCCACCCAGUCACGCACAGUGCCCCCAGAAUUCCCUUGGAUUGCACCUACAAACUUUCACGUACCACCGAGGCGAAGCGGCAGGGGACCAUAUGUCGCUCAUUGGACAAGCAAGGGCCAUACUCAAUGAGAGCGCUGGAAACGAAUUUGUCCGGCUGCGGGAACAUGGAGCACAACCAAAGCGCUAUGGGGUGUCCAUGUUCCAUCAGUUGCAUUGCCUAGACCUGUUACGAUCUGCCGUCUACGGCGACACUGCGGCCCAUGUUCACAUCAAGAAGAGGGAAGCGGGAGACAAGAUGGAGCACCUCGACCAUUGCUUUCAAUAUCUCGCCCAGGCUAUCCUGUGCGCGGCUGAUGACACGAUUGAACCCCCUUUUGUGGCUGAAACCUCGCAAGGGACGAAGGUCCUCGUCAUUGACGGAGACGGGGUUGCGCAUCAAUGUCGGGAGUUCGGGGCCGUGUAUCGAGCUAUUGUCCACAGUCAGGCCCAGCCAAUUAUGGUAGGGAGGAAUUUGACACCGGGGGAUAGCCUACGGGGCAUCUUGAAUCUUGGGAGCUGA